AUGCGCGGCUCAAAUCCAAGGCCAUCCUCCCUGGGCGGGAAGGCUUCUCUUGACAGCAAAGGCAGCAAGCCCAUCCCGCCCUUCCCGAAAAGACAGAUGUUUGUUCUUGGCCUAGCACUCUGCCGACUGUGUGAACCGAUCGCCUUUAUGGGCAUCUUUCCAUACAUCUAUUUCAUGAUCCAGGACUUCCACAUCACUGAGGACGACAAGCAAAUUGCGUUUUACGCCGGCCUGGUUACGUCCGCCUUCACUUUUGCUGAAUUCCUCACCGGCAUGUUUUGGGGGCGGCUGAGUGAUCGGAUAGGACGCAAGCCCGUUCUUUUGGUUGGGCUGUCGGGCACCGCUCUGAGCGUUCUGCUCUUUGGCUUUGCCCCAAACCUGACUGUUGCCUUAAUCGCUCGAGCCCUUGGCGGUCUCCUCAACGGUAACAUAGGAGUCAUGCAGACGACCGUCGGCGAGCUUGUUAAAGUAAAGGAACACCAAGGUCGUGCGUUCGCUGUGAUUCCUGCAGUAUGGUGCAUCGGGUCGAUGAUCGGCCCUGCCAUUGGUGGUGCUCUUGCCCGACCUUGCAAAUUUUACCCCAGCAUCUUCCCCGAAGGCAGUAUUUGGGACAAGUUUCCGUACUUGCUUCCAAACCUGUUCAGCGCUGUCGCUGUUAUUGUCGGCGUCGUUGUUGGCAUUCUUUUCCUUGAGGAGACGCACCCGAUCCAGAAAUACCAGCGCGACCCCGGUCUGGAGCUUGGAAAACGACUUAUCGCCAGCUUCAAGUUUCGAAAAGAUGCUAGCGAGUCGCGCAAGGCAUACCUGCUCGAGGAGGAGGAGCCCUUGAUCGACUCCGACGACCAACUGCCUGGAUACCGCACAACCGAAGCAUCACCUUGCCUUACGUCUGUCACCGCACAACCGGACCUGCCGGAUGCUCUGGAGACCCUGGACUCGCUAGCCGGAAACACCCGCCCAACACCGCGGACGGCCUUGAACCCUCACUCAGAGUCGAGCCGAGCAACUCUGAAGAUCUUUACGAAGCCCAUCAUCCUGAACACGAUUUCUUUUGGCAUUCUCGCAUUCCACACAAUGACGUUCGAUCAGCUCCUUCCGAUGUUUCUCAGUACGGUGCCGCCAGAGAACGGCGAGUUGUCGCUCCCGUUCAAGUUCACUGGCGGGUUCGGCUUCGACAACCAGACGAUCGGUGUGAUCAUGGCCGCUCAAGGGUUCUACUCGCUUCUUUCCAACUCGUUCCUGUUCCCGUGGGUGAUUGAGCGGAUUGGCCCUCUGCGGCUGUUUAAACUGGUGGCCGUGCCCUACUUCCUGUUGUAUCUGGUCACGCCUUACCUCGUGCUGCUGCCAGAAAACUAUCGCAUGGCCGGCGUCUACCUGACUAUUAUCUGGAAGUGCACAUUCUCCACAUUGGCCUACCCAAGCAACGCGUUGAUUACGAUGAACCUGGCGCCAAGCACGCUUACUCUGGGUACUGUCAAUGGCGUGUCAGCAUCUGCAGCGAGCCUGUGCCGUGCCUUUGGGCCUGCAAUUUCUGGCAUGCUGUAUGCUGUUGGAUUGGAGACUGGCUACUCUAGCCUGCCAUGGUGGUGUGGCAGCGCAGUGGCUGUGAUUGGCGCAUUUGUCGCGCUACAGCUAACGAUGCCGAGCAAGUUUCCUGAGGGAAGACAGGCAGAUGAUGCAGAGGCGGGUGUCCUGCACCCUCGAGCACAUGCUGCCGGGGACAUGGAAGCAUAA